AUGGCCCAAGAUGUGAGCCAACAGAACCAGUUUGCAUUGGGCAGCAAUGGCUUCGUUGGAGCUCCCAAUUACGGAAUGCAAGCGCCCGAGGCUUUCCCGCAGUUGCAGGGUGAUAUGUCGCAGCAGAUGCCACAAAUCGCUGCACCAACCAUUAGUAUCAACUAUGCGCCGCCAGAUGCUAAGACUGAAUUUGGCGGAAGACCAUCGCUAGACACAGAUGCUCUCACUCCUCCAGAGAGAGUUUGCGGCAAGGCUUUUGCUCGUCAGCACGAUCGUAAGCGCCACGAAGGUCUCCAUUCCGGCGAAAAGAAGUUUGUUUGCAAGGGUGAUCUCAAGGCUGGAGGCCAAUGGGGCUGUGGCCGCCGCUUUGCGCGUGCAGAUGCUCUAGGCCGGCACUUCCGCUCUGAAGCCGGCCGCAUAUGCAUCAAGCCACUGCUCGACGAAGAAAUGCUCGAGCGCCAAAGAGUCUGGGGUGAGCAGCGCUUGGCAGCACAACAACAGGCUGCUGCCGCUCAGCAAAUGGCUAUGGGUGGCAUGAUGGCUCCCCCAGGCAUGGAUGCCCAAGGCUAUCCUAUGGAUGCUGCUGGCAACUACAUGCUACCUCAGGCCUUGCUUGCUCAAUACCCUGCUCUUGCGACAAUGAACUGGGGUGCUCCAUCUAUGCAAGGCGAUGGCAGCGGUCUAGAGGAUGAGCUCAGUGGCAGAUCCAGCUUUGAUGCAAGUGACUAUGGCGAGGAUGAGGAAGGUUACGUCUCCGGCCCGGGAACUGGGUUUGGGCCUGGUAACAUGGGAGAAGGCUAUAACGAGAUGGGCUAUGCCAGUGAUUACAGCGGCCGUUGA